AUGCCUGUGAAGUGGAUGUCUGCUCUACUCCUGCUACAGAUGAGUUGCUACUUCAGAUAUGGGAACUGUGGGAAGGUGUUGGUAUGGCCAAUGGAAUACAGUCACUGGAUGAAUUUAAAGAUAAUACUGGAUGAACUUGUACAAAGGGGUAAUGAAGUGACUGUUUUGAGACCUUCGUCUUCUAUCUUCCUUGAUCCCAAAAAACCAUCUGGUCUUAAAUAUGAAACAUUUCCUACAGCUUCCAAUAAUGAUGAAGUAGAGAAGUUUUUUACCCAAUGGGUCAAUAUGUGGGUAUAUGAUGUGCCAAAAGAUACAUGUUGGAGAUAUUACCCAUCAAUGAACAUAAUGUUUGGGCAAUUUUCUGAUUUGUGGUUAAAGCUUUGUAGAGAAGCAGUUUCAAAUAAACAACUUAUAUCAAAACUACAGAAAUCCAAGUUUGAUGUUGUUCUUUCAGAUGCUAUUGGUCCCUGUGGUGAGCUGAUAGCUGAGUUACUCCAAGUACCCUUUGUGUACAGUCUUCGCUUUGGUAAUGGCUACGCAAUAGAAAAGUACAGCGGGGGACUUAUACUCCCUCCCUCCUAUGUACCUAUUGUUUUGUCAGGGCUAAGUGGCCAAAUGACAUUCGUGGAGAGGGUAGAAAAUAUGGUAUGUUUGCUUUAUUUUGACUUUUUCUAUGAGUCAUUUCCUGCUAAGGAUUGGGAUCCAUUUUUCAGUGAAAUUUUAGGAAGACCUACUACUAUGGUUGAUACAAUGAAGAAAGCAGAAAUGUGGCUCAUUCGGUCCUACUGGGAUUUAGAAUUUCCUCGCCCAUCUUUACCAAACAUUGAGUUUGUUGGAGGACUCCACUGCAAACCUGCCAAACCCCUGCCUAAGGAAAUGGAAGAGUUUGCACAGAGCUCUGGGGAACAUGGUGUGGUGGUAUUUUCUCUGGGAUCAAUGAUCAGAAACAUAUCACAAGAACGAGCCAACACAAUUGCGUCAGCCCUGGCACAGAUUCCACAAAAGGUUCUUUGGAGAUUUGAGGGCGAGAAACCAGACACCUUAGGACCCAAUACUAGGGUGUUCAAGUGGAUGCCUCAGAAUGACCUUUUAGGUCAUCCUAAAACCAGAGCUUUUAUAACUCAUGGUGGCACCAAUGGCAUCUAUGAGGUGAUCUACCACGGGAUCCCUAUGGUUGGCAUUCCUUUGUUUAGAGACCAGUUUGAUAAUGUUGUUCACAUGGAGACCAAAGGUGCAGGUGUUAGACUGGAUUUUCUCACAAUGUCCAGUACAGAUUUGGUUGAUGCACUGAAGACAGUCACUAAUGACCCUUUCUAUAAGGAGAAUGCCAUGAAGCUAUUUAGAAUCCAACAGGAUCAUCCAGUGAAGCCCCUGGACAGAGCCAGCUUCUGGAUUGAGUUUGUCAUGAGCAACAAAGGAGCCAAGCACCUUGUUCCUGUACUCACCUGGUUCCAGUACCACUCUCUGGAUGUGCUUGUAUUCCUGCUCACCUGUGUGCUGACUGUGAUGCUCAUCAUCAUGAAGUGUUGUCUCUUUUGCCAGAACCUUGCUAAAGCUGGAGAGAAGAAGAAAAGGGAGUAG